ACAACUUUUAACAAAACAUAUGCUUGGAUUCAUUUGGAUAAUAAAACUAACUAAAUAAACAAACACAAUGCAAAUAGUAAAAAUGUGUGUUUGGAUACUUUUUUGAAUAAUGAAAACAGUUUCAUUUCAAUGUCACUGACAGCAUAAGAGAAAAUCACAGAUUUAGAAGUAUAAAACAAUGGCUGACGUAUGCGUUGAAGAAUGAAACGAGCCAGAUAUAAAACAUAAUAUAUUGGUUACCAUGUCACAAACUGAAAUACAGCUGUAAAACAAACUAUGAUUUUACAUGGUUAUCAAUAUGGAUAUGGAACAUCGGCCUGGAAGACCCAGAUUUGACGAAUAUAUGGAUUCUGGCAGAUUUUACAAGACGAAUGACAUGGAAUGAUCCAUUAGCCAGCUAGGAAAGCUGUACGGAGAAAGUUGAGCAGCAUACUAAAGUGCACACCACACCGAUAGCAUUCAUCGGGUCGCUAUUCGGACGAACGAACAAUAUGUUUGCAGUAAAGCUGGGGAUUAUCUGCACGUGUUUCAAUGCAAUGGUAUCGGCCCAGAACGCCACGGUUGCUGAAUAUGAUAUUAUGAGUGAUCUGAGUAAAGCUUUCAUUUCUGCCGGCGUUCUUGCUUCAGCUUUAAUCAUCUCCUUGAUCAUCGCCAAAAUCGUCGACCACUGCUACGACAGAGCCUCAAUUCGCGAUGACGCUAGCGACAUCAGUGAACACACGCGAAAUCUCAUUCGCGCGAGACUUGCAGUUCGGAACUUCCGAGCACCGCCGAAAAAAGGAACCGAGAAUAAGAACAAAGAUUUAAAACACAAAAAGCUUUUACGUCUGUGGUCGGCCAAGGCACAUGCAAAGAGUGGGAGUUACCCACGUGUGCCGCAACUGUCGGAGAUUACUGAGUCUACGGAGAAAAAGUCACAGGAUAUUGUUAUUAACAUUGAAGGAGUCGAAGAAACGGAAAAAUCUGUGAUUAAACACAAAGAAGAAACUUUAGAAAAAGAGAAAGCUUUAGAAAAAGAGAAGGCUUUAGAAAAAGAAAUAGCUUUACCGAAAGUGACGUUCCUAACGGAGACGGAUGCUUCAGGUAAAAGAACAGACAUCUCUAAACCUUCUGUUACGCCGAGUAGCGCAGCAAAAUCUUCAAAAACUAAAGAGGAAACGAUCGUACAUAAACAGAAUGAAAGUUUUUCGAGCACCCACACAGACGGAGAACUUCCAGGAACUCCGUUAUCAACCAAACGAGACGGAGAUCGCUCUAAGUCUAGCAGUCCAAACAAGAGGUCCCCGCCCAGAGGUCUCUCUCCACCGUUGAGACCCAAAACAGCGCCAUCUGGCCGCCCAAUCAAGGGAAGUAGACCCCCGAAAAACGGACAGUCUAAACAUUUUGAUGGCAAAGAGCCCACGGGCAAGAGUGUUUUGCAGAAAGGUAUUUCGUUUUCUGGUUCAUCUAAAAGAACUGACGUUGUUUCACCAGCUGGUAUUCAUGGAUGGAAGUCUAGUAGUUUCACAUCCAGACCAGCCUACAAUGUGGUGUCUCCAGCUAGUGCAGGUGCUGGAAAGUCAAGAACCAUUUCACCAAAUGGUAAAUCUGGAAGCGUUUCAGCUCGGUUUGCUUCCGCGAGUGUACCAAAACCAGGACAGAGUCAUUUAAGACCUGCCAUUUCUACACCACGAGCUGCAGCAGACAAUGGUUCUAAAGUUAAACAAGUUAGUGGAAAGACCGGAAGUCAAUCUGUUGUGCAUCCCAUCCCCGGAACUUCAGCACCAGUAACACAUAGCGGUCGGGUAUCUCCGACAAAAAAUGUAUCUAUUAACAAACCACAGACUUCAAACCAGUCUCCAAGGACAGCGGAAGAACCCGGUAAAGAGGAUAUUCAUCUCAAGAAGUUCGUGCAGUUCCGGGGUGAUUCCGACGACCUGUUAGAGCUCGUGCAAAACGAAGGCAAAGCGAAAGUAGAAACGAAGUCUUACGAAAAAGAACAAGGUGCGAGCUCUAGCCCUGAGUACGAAUUUCUAGCCAAUACAAAGACAGCGGCCGAAAAGGGAUGACGCUAAAGUCUUGUUAGGAUUAAUAAAACAAAAUAUGGAUUGUUAGAUCAUGCUUCUGGCUAAAUAGGAUAGAAAAGCAAUAAAACACAAACAAACAAACAAACAACAACAACAAUACCAAAAACACUAUAAGUAUUGUUAUAUCAUGUAUCUGUCUAAAUAGGUUUGAGAAAACAAAAUACUAAUUGUUAGAUCAUGUUUGUGGUAUUUUCCUAUUAUAUAAAAUGUAAUAGUGACGACUGGACAUUUUCAACUGUGUUCUACAAACGUAGUUUAAAUAGAAAUAGAUCAGUCCAUUUUCUCUAUUACUGAAUAAUGUUUCGUUUUGAAUAUUUCGCCAAACCAGCGUUUAAUCCUAAAUCGCUAUGUUUUAACAUUUUUAAAUUUUGAUUAACGCAUUCUGCUUGAUGAUUCUCAAUUUUUAACCUGUAGUCAAGUUAGCUUAGGGAAAUAUUAACUGAACUGAAUCUAAACCUGGUACCAAUUUGCCAUUUCCAACGAAUUAGCCUAAUAUCUGUCGAAAACAAUAAACGGGUCUGUAUGCAAUUUGUUUUUGGGAGCUCGUCUACAACCACGCAAUGUGGACUCUAGAUAAACUAUGUUUUGUGUAUGGUUGCAAAUCGGCUAAUUUUGUUCUAAUGGUGGCAAGUAUUAAAACAAUUAUUUUGAAAAAUGGUUUAAGCGUCGGUCUAUUAGUCUAUGUGUAUGACACGUCAAUUUUGAUCGGUCACUAGUUUCAGUCAUACGUAGAUAAUAACGCGUUUUACAAAGACUGCCCCAGCUAUCAGUGUAGCUAAAGAGCAUUAUGAUUUAGUCGCUUUCAAAGAUUAACAAUAGUUUUAAAAUAUGUGUGGCCAUAUUUGGUUUCUUAUGGAGACCAUAUGUCAUGAAAACGCCACACAGACUGCAAACAGUCGUUUAGACUUGAUCUGGUGUUGAAAAGUUUAUGACUGGGCCUAGAUGUGUUGAAUUGCCAUGUACUAUGUUAGUGUCUGUUUGCGGAUAGAAAUGAAUACCAUAAAAGUUUAUUUAAGAACAAAGCGUAGGCCUAUUUGAAAAUUAACUUGCCCACAGAGAUGUACAAUCUGUUUUAACGAAACUAUCUGUUAGAUUCAUGAACUACGAAAUAAUUUAAUUUAAAUUUUUGUGGGCUUCAAUUUUCAUGGUUUUGCUAACAUACAAAUUUAGUAUCAUAAAUUCAUAUAUGUACACAUGCAUUAUAUUUUCGUUGUGUUCUUAAAAUCAUUGAGUUCUUAAAGUCGUUGACAACACUAGUCCACAUGAAUUACAAAAACAUUAGAACACCACAAACAAAUGUGAGUUCACUGUACUCUAUUCAGUAUAAAACAUGGAGGUAAUGUGGACACGUGUUACAGAGUGUACGGAAACUAGGCACACAUGGAGCCGAAUAAUGUCAGAUCUAUUAUUAACGAUCACGGUGGAAUGGGAGUAAGAUCUUGUCUUGAUGUGACGAGAAACUGUGACUGAUGGUUCAUGUUACUGAACUAUUCUCACAUUUCACAAUACGAUAUACAUAAAGCUGAGAAUGUUCUCAUCGUGUGAUAAUGUGAUGUUCUACGUUAGAAUAUUCUUGGAUGUUACAAUGCGUUUUAGAGAAAGCUGUUAAAUAUUCUCAGAUUUGAAAAUGUAAUGUUUUACGCUGAAAUAUUCUCAGAUGUUACUAUGUAAGUUAAACUAAGCUGCGAAAUAUUUUCAGAUUUGACAGUGUGAUGUUCUAAGGUGUGAAAUAUUCUUAGAUGUGACUAUGUGAUGAUCUAAGCUGUUACGUAUCCUCAGAUGAGACAUUGCGAUAUCCACUAGGCUGUGAUAAGUACCACUGUUUUGUUAAAGCUUUGUUAACUAAAAUAUGUCGCCAAA